AUGACAGUCAACACCUACAAGAUCAAGCGCGACGCGGCCGCCGUCAGCCGCUCCGGUGGCGCCGGCUGGAACCCAUUUGGAUCGGUCUGGGACCAGAAACGCAGAGGUACUUGGGCGCCUGAUCGCAACGACCGCGACUUAGAAGCACAGGGCGACGGAUCUCGCCUCAGCCACGCCGCCACCGCGCCUCAGGACAGAACGCACUCGUCCGCGACGGCCGACACGAACCAAGAUCCCGAGCACACCCAAGUCACCGAGGACAGGUCAAACGGUAACGGCCAUGCUGCCGCCGGCGCCAACGGCAUCAGAAACCGUAAGCCCGAGGACGACGCUUCCAAAGCCACCGGCAACAACCAGGAUGACGACGAUGACGACGGCAAGUCGAAGAAGAAGGCCAAAUCGAAUGCGCUGUACCGACCCGUCCACCCGAAACAUCCAUUUACUGUCGCCAAUCAGCUACAGCACACUUUGCUCAACUCUUGGAUCAACGUCCUGCUCGUUGCUGCCCCGAUUGGCAUCGCCCUUCACUACGUCCACAGCGUCAGCCCGACCGUUGUUUUCGUUGUCAACUUUGUCGCUAUUAUCCCGCUCGCCGCUAUGCUGAGCUACGCUACUGAAGAGAUUGCCCUGCGCACUGGCGAGACCCUCGGCGGCCUGAUCAAUGCAACCUUUGGCAACGCCGUCGAGCUCAUCGUUGCCAUCAUCGCCCUCAUCAAGGGCGAGAUUGUCGUCGUCCAGACAUCCCUCAUCGGCUCCAUCCUCUCCAACCUACUGCUCGUCAUGGGCUUCUGCUUCUUUUUCGGUGGUCUGCGCCGUCGCGAGCAGCACUUUAAUACCACCGUUGCGCAGACGGCUGCGUCGCUGCUCGCUUUGGCCGUCGCCUCGGUCAUCGUGCCCACCGUCUUCGAGCUCAAGACGAACGCGGACCAGACCGAGAUCGCCAAGCUGUCGCGCGGCACCGCCGUCAUUCUGCUGCUGGUCUACUUUGCCUACCUCUUCUUCCAGCUGCACACCCAUCUCGACGUCUUCAACGAGGAGAGCAAGAAGGUGGCCGCCCGCCCGUGGACGCACGGCCAGAGCAUCAAGGAGGGCUUUUCUCACAUGCCUGGCGCCAGCGCCCUCAUGCGCCACGCCCACGGAAGCUCCAGCCAGGAGCAGAACCUUAACGGGCCCGCCGCCCCCCCCAUCAAGGACCCGGAGCCUCUCAACGCUGAGGAGGAGGAGGAAGACGAGGAGGACCCUAAGCUGCACUUCUUAGUCGCCGUCGGUACCCUCCUGCUCUCGACCGUCAUCAUCGCCCUCUGCGCCGAGUUCAUGGUCGACUCCAUCGACAGCCUGACCAAGACGACGGCGCUGCGCAAGGAGUUUGUCGGCCUCAUCCUGCUGCCUAUCGUCGGCAACGCGGCCGAGCACGCCACCGCCGUGACCGUCGCCAUCAAGGACAAGAUGGACCUGGCCAUUGGCGUCGCCGUCGGCUCCUCCAUGCAGGUCGCGCUCUUCCUCAUCCCCCUGCUCGUCAUCAUUGGCUGGGGCCUCGGCAACGAGUACAUGGACCUGAGUCUCGACGAGUUCCAGGUCGCCGUCAUGUUCGUCGCUGUGCUCCUGACCAACUACCUGAUCGGCGACGGCAAGAGUCACUGGCUGGAAGGGUUCUUGCUGAUAUGCUUGUAUGCCAUCAUUGCCACGUGCUCAUUCUUUUAUCCCGACGGACAGUAG